CCCGCCCUCUAGCCGCCAUUUUUCUGUCUCGGACUCAAUCAAGCUGGAGGUGUGGAGCCGAGUAUAAACAAGGGAAAGAAAAAUACGAGCGAGACCCUGUUAUUUAAAAAAAAUCAGAGGACAGAAAUAUACUCAAGAAAUUCUACCGUUUUGGGACUCUAUAUGCAUGCAUGGGAGCCGAGACACACUUGUGAAUUCGUUUUGUGUGGAGACGCGUUGCAGGCCGCCAUUUUUGUUACUGCCUCAAAAGUCUGUCGGGACUCAAGAAAAGGAUAAAAUAUAUAUAUAUUCGUGCCUUACAGUUCGACCAAGAAGAUACAAAGGAACAAUUUGGGCUCCGGCGCACAGUUAUUUGCAACAUUGUAUGGACAUGGAGACUCGUUUAAUCAAGUAGUGAGGCGACCUUUUCCGUUCUCAUUUACUGACAGUGACUGGAGAUAAAGUAUAUUGUUUCAUGAGAUAGAUACAUGUUUGCUUUUUUCGGAAGAGGGAACGAAAAGAGGAACCUUGAUUGAUCAUUGUUACAGUCAGGCAUUCUAGAUGUGUAUAACUUCUCGUAGUUUUAGACAUUGAGAACUGGCAUUUGUCAUUGACAAAAACGAAGAACCGUUAUGCUUCAAAGUUGUCUCAAGCUAUUCGCAGCCUGUCUCUGAAACGUCAGGUUACGUUUGUAUUGGAUUUAACUAACUGAAGCCUGCAGCCUUCAAUUUGAGUGCUUUAGGGCGACUGAUUACCCUGCCCUGGAUCUUCAAAAUCAAGUUGUCAAAAUCGUUAUCUAGCUUACUAAUAUAUUAGUUAUUUAUAUUUUGUUGUUUACAUAAGUUAAUUUUGAUCAAAUAUGUCAUCUGCGCGGUUCGAGUCAUCGGACCGGUCCAGUUGGUAUUUUGGGCCGGUGUCGAGACAGGAGGCCCAGAAUAGAUUACAAGGACAGAGGCAUGGCAUGUUUUUGGUUCGGGAUUCCUCAACCUGCCCUGGCGACUAUGUGCUGUCAGUAUCUGAAAAUUCCAAAGUGUCCCACUAUAUCAUUAACUCCUUGCCAAGCAUGAGGUUCAAAAUCGGGGACCAAGAAUUCGAGCACCUCCCAGCGCUUUUGGAGUUCUACAAAAUCCACUACCUGGAUACGACUACACUGAUAGAACCUGCCCCCAGGUACCCUAACACAGCUAUAGGCACCAGCCCCAUUCAGGCGAUGGGCGGCCCAGAGGACAACCUGGAGUAUGUGCGGACUCUGUACGACUUCACGGGCAGCGAUGCUGAGGACCUGCCCUUUAAGAAGGGGGAGAUCUUGAUCAUCCUGGAGAAGCCUGAGGAGCAGUGGUGGAGUGCCAAGAGCAAGGAGGGCCGCAUGGGCAUGAUCCCUGUGCCCUAUGUGGAGAAGCUGGUGCGACCGUCCCCUCACCCUGGCCAGCCCCCUCACAGCUCCCGCAACUCCAACAGCUAUGGCAUCCCCGAGCCGGCCCAUGCUUACGCUCAGCCUCAGACCCCCUCGCCCCUUCCCCCUGGCACCCCCGGAGUGGUCAACACCCCCCUGCCCUCCAUGCAGAACGGGCCAGUCAUGGCUAAGGCCAUCCAGAAACGAGUGCCCUGUGCCUAUGACAAGACGGCCCUGGCUCUAGAGGUGGGUGAUAUAGUCAAAGUGACGAGGAUGAACAUCAGCGGUCAGUGGGAGGGAGAGGUGAACGGCCGGAGGGGUCUCUUCCCCUUCACCCAUGUCAAAAUAAUGGACCCCCAGAAUCCGGAUGAGAGUGAAUGACCUGGACCCCAACCAACCCUCCCUCCCCACAGUGACACUCAAACCUGCUGGCUGUAUCCACCCCGCCCGCCAGUGUCACCACGGUUACGUGCUUGCCUGCUUGCGGCUGUGCCACAGUGCUCUCUGUUAUCGUCACGCCAACCAUUGUGCGGCUUUCUGACUGUUUACAGCUCUAGACUCAACUAAACUCCCCCAUCCCCUACCUGGUUACAGGCUGGUCAGUGGUUUGUGCGUUUAUGUCCUUUCAUUUCCAGACCAUCGGUUGGUUAUGUGUGUGUUGCCAUGGCUCCCAUGAGGCCAUGUCUUACCUGGUCAUUUUGUAUUUGAUCUUUUGUUACAUUUGAAUACUUUGGGAUUUUUUGAGAGCUUGCUUGGACUGUGUGUUUUGUGUUGUGGAUGGGAGGAGGUUAAUGUGAAAAAGAAGAGCGAGAGGUGACUAAACAUCACAUGGACUGACUGAGGAGAGCAAAGUCAUAAAGGGCUCCAGGUGGGGCCUGAGGAUAGAACCAGACAGUUAACUGUGUCUCUCUCCAAACAAUCAUUCACUGUUGGUACCUUAAUCACAGCCACACAUACACACACACACACAGAUUGACCAUUCCUUGUUGAGGGCGACUGCUGUGUGUGUGUGUGUGUGUUUGUGGAUCAGAGUCUCUUGACUGACAUAAGCUGAGCUGACUGGGACAGGAGAACGAGGCAGAGGCUGACAGAGGAGGACAAGCCCACAUGGAUUCUGCCUUGUGGAAUAGCCCAUAGCCUCAGUGACACAGACCUAGUUGACAGAGUUCCCUUAUUUAUGUUUUCCCCAGACCAACAUGUGAAGUGGCUAUAUUUGUGCCAUAAAUUCAGGAGUGCUGAGCGAGGCGUUUGUCGUAGUAUAAGUGCAUGGCUGUGACCAGGCUAUAGCCAAUGUAAGGGAUUUUCUAUGAGACUGAUGCCUCCUGCAUCCAAUGAUAUGGGUCACAGGAGGUGGGCAAGGGUUGCAGCCAGCCAAUGACACCCCAUCAAUGCCUUUCACCGAAAAUGCAACUUUAGUACAAGCAAUCCUUCCCUGUUUUCUCCCCAGGUUCCCUAAGGUGGUGAUUGGUUACAACCCUGACCCUCAUCUCUAUGACCCUCAUCUCUAGCCAGUGUUGACUGUCGAGCACAGGACCUGAGGAGAAAACUUGGUUGUCUUUGGUUAUGUCUGACUGACAUUGUGAUGCCAGAGCUGUCCUGCUCUUUGGUCUUGGUGUGUGUGUGCUGAUAAAGUGCUCCGUUAGAGCUCUGCUGUAAAGAAGACUUACCCUUGCUGUUGUCUCUCCCCUAGUGCUUUCCCUCAACCCUCCUGAGCUUUUUCAUUGGGUAGAGUAAUACCAUUGUACAACUAUCAAUCGUGUCCUGACUGUACUUUUUUUUGUUAGCCAACUGUUGAAUUGAGCGUUUAAUAUUUGUUUAAAUAACCUUGUAAACAAUUAGACUGAAGGUGACUAUUUUUAAAGGGAAAAACAUGCCUGCUGGUGGCCUCUGUGCAUGACCUCUUGGCCUUGAGGUUUCUCUUCUAGGUCAAAUGCUGCUUUGUGUCAUUUAAAAUGUCCUCAUUACAAUAUGAAUUAGACUUGUUUUUUUUAUGGCAUCUGUGGAAUCAAUCCAUUCAAAUGUAGUUUAGUUUUCCUUGUCCAACCUCCAUAUUAAACCCUCUGAUUAAGCAAUACACCAAUUUUAAUGAACGUUUUAGUUAGGUAAACAGGUUUUUAUCAACGUGCUUUGUAAAGGCAUUAACAGUAUUACUGUGCUUUUUCCCCUCAUGUUUUAGAGAGCCUCCAUGUUGUCUUCUUAAUUCUAAAUAAAAAAUUGUGCCUUUUUAUUUUCUUAUAACAUUUACAUGUGUUAAUAUUUCCCAUGGUUAACACCCGUGCUGGUAUGGCCCUUUAUGUACAGAACAAGUAAAUAAAAUGUAUGUCUACUUCUUUAA